CGAGAGCCGCCGCCGCCGCCGCCGCUACAAGCUGGUAGCGGUUUCUGCGUCGCCACCGCCGCCGUCGACCGGUGCCUGCCCGGCGCGCCCCUGACCGCCGCUCCCCACAACCGGCUAGUCAGCGCGCCGCAGAGCGGCCUCUGUGUCGGCCUCCGUGAGGGGGUCCCUCGGCCGUACCCUGAGCCUUGCUUUCUCGUGCUUCGGCCGCCCGCGUCUCCUCUGCCGCCUGCCUGACAUGAAAACCAAGUUCUGCAACGGGGGCGAGGCCGAGCCCUCGCCGCUCGGGCUGCUGCUGAGCUGUGGCAGCGGCAGCGCGACCCCGGCGCCCGGCGUGGGGCAGCAGCGCGACGCCGCCAGCGACCUCGAGCCCAAGCAGCUGAGCGGCCGGCAACCUCCGCUCGCGCUGCCCGCGCCGCCGCCCCCGCCGCUGCCGCUGCUCCCGCCUCCGACGACGACGCCGCCGCCUGCAGACGAGCAACCCGAGCCCCGGACGCGGCGCAGGGCCUAUCUGUGGUGCAAGGAGUUCCUGCCCGGCGCCUGGCGGGGCCUUCGAGAGGACCAGUUUCACAUCAGUGUCAUCAGAGGUGGCCUCAGUAACAUGCUGUUCCAGUGCUCCUUACCCGACACUGUGGCCACCGUUGGUGACGAGCCUCGGAAAGUGCUCCUGCGGCUCUACGGCGCGAUUUUAAAGAUGGUGUUUUUGAUAAAGCUGUGGAAUGUAAAGAGGUCCUGUAAUAAAGAGGGAUCCGAACAAGCUCAGAAUGAAAAUGAAUUUCAAGGAGCUGAGGCCAUGGUCCUGGAGAGCGUGAUGUUCGCUAUUCUUGCAGAGAGGUCACUGGGGCCGAAACUGUACGGCAUCUUCCCGCAAGGCCGCCUGGAGCAGUUUAUCCCGAGCCGGCGAUUAGACACUGAAGAAUUACGUUUACCAGCUAUUUCUGCAGAAAUAGCUGAGAAAAUGGCCACAUUUCAUGGAAUGAAAAUGCCAUUUAAUAAGGAACCAAAAUGGCUUUUUGGAACAAUGGAAAAAUAUUUAAAUCAAGUGCUGAGAAUUAAAUUUACCGGGGAAACCAAAGUGAAGCAGCUCCACAGAUUCCUCAGUUACAACCUGCCUUUGGAACUGAAAAACCUGAGGGCAUUGCUUGAGUCCACUCCAUCUCCAGUUGUGUUUUGUCACAACGACUGUCAAGAAGGUAACAUCUUAUUGCUGGAAGGGAGAGAGAACUCUGAAAAACAGAAACUGAUGCUCAUCGACUUUGAGUACAGCAGUUAUAAUUACAGGGGAUUCGACAUUGGGAACCACUUCUGUGAGUGGAUGUAUGAUUACACCUAUGAAAAGUACCCUUUUUUCACAGCAAACAUCCUUAAGUUCCCUACCAGGAAGCAGCAGCUCCAUUUUAUAUCCUGUUACUUGGCUACAUUCCCAAAUGAAUCUGAAAACCUCAGUAAUGAAGAAAAGACCAUUAUGGAGGAAGAAAUGCUGGUGGAAGUCAAUAGGUUUGCCCUUGCGUCCCAUUUCUUCUGGGGACUUUGGUCCAUCGUACAGGCCAAGAUUUCAUCCAUUGAAUUUGGAUACAUGGAAUAUGCCCAAGCGAGGUUUGAUGCCUAUUUUGACCAGAAGAGGAAGCUGGGGGUGUGACCGCCAGGAGGACUUCAUACACUCCAUCCCUGGACUUCACGGGGCGGCCGAGCCAGCGGGGCCCUCUGCUCGACUACUGUCCCUGCGGCAAGGAGCUAGGAAGUCUCGCUGCCGCACACAGAUGUGUAUGAUACGAAAGACUAUUAAAAUUGAGUAACAUUUAUUUCAUAUCUUGUUCUACGAUUUCACUAGGCCUCCGACAUGAGCGCGGGCAGCAGAAACAGUGCAAUAGCGCGGUAGUGCGGUAGCGCCGACCCAGCGUCCAGGGCGGGCCCAAAGCUCACAGUCGGACGCGCGGCCAGCCAGCAUGCGAGCACGGGGGCUUCUGGUUUAAUGUUGAUUUUUACAGGACUUUAAUUACCCUGCUGGUGCGCACUGGCCUGGCCCUCUGUAGGAAGCAGUGUGUAUAGACACUGCUCACUCCCAAGGGUGGUGGGGGACAGGACAGAUUGUGGCAUUGCUGGUGGCCUGCCCUCCCGACUCUGGAAGCUGCUCUUUCACCCUUUGGUCCAAACGGCUGAUGCUCAAGACCACAGACUCCGCACGACAGGUGCAAGCUGCUGCUGUCUCCACGCGACGAAUGUAGCCCCGGCGCCUGUGUGCGUUCUGUUGUACGGACAAGCCUCUCUCGCCCCACGCCCCAUGCCCCACCAAACGUGCUUCAUCAGCCCUGCCCUCGGGCUGGCGGCUGGGCCUGGGGCAGUGUGGGGGCAGCUGCCCCAUCUGCCUUCUCUGCCACGAUUCUCUCCAGCCUGGAGCUGGUGGUUCUGUGUCAGGGCUGGCUGCUCCAGGGUCCCUGGCACCUUGGUGUGCUGGGGGGGAGCUGGAAACCUUGGCCCGGGCUCUCAGUGGCAAGCCGUCCCUGCCCUCACCGCUUCCUGACACCUCAACGUCAUCCUGGUGGGAACCAGCAGCCUGUGAAAUGUUGGGGCGUGGAUAGGGUGUAGCUGUGAAGUUCGUUUAUGUUAACUGUCCUUUGGGAUAAAUGCCUUUUUCAAAACAUCUGAAAUCUUAUUUAAAUUGUUCUGUUCAUAUGUUUCUGCCACCACAGAGGUUGUACUAUACGAUCAAUGAAAAAAAUAAAAAUCCA